AUGCCUUUCAGAGAUGAAGAAGACUACGCGGAGAAAAAGCAGCAGGCCGCCCACGAUGUUAUUAGCAUUCUUCACGAAAUCUCUAACUUGCUCAACACUGAUCUGACCCGCAGACAAAUCACUUUGUGUGCGUCGCUGAUCGAGAAUGGUGUGAAUCCUGAAGCUCUGGCUGCGGCGAUCAAGGAUAUCCGUAAAGACGUACUACCGGCGCCAUCGCGCGGGGGCCGCGAAUGA